GAAAUCUAGAUCUAGUGAAGCGAUUGAGAAUAACUUCUUAUCAAAGACAAAGAGAUCUCUUACCUUACUCAACUGCUCAGAUCUAAGAUCUACAUUCUAAGUCUAGAUUCUAGACGACUUUUUACUUCACCGUCACCAAAUGGUAUUUUUAUUCUUUGCAAGAUUGUUAUCAGCAAGAUACCGAAAAUCACUGAAAACGAUGCCUUCUCAAACAAAAAUAUCAUCAUUCUUUCGUCAUUCACCAUCAGCUGCGCCCGCUUUUCAAGACAAAAACACAUGUCCAAAUUCUAGUAAUGAAAAUACAGAUAAAAAGGUUAAAGGUCAAAUUGAAGAAGAGGAAAUUAAAGAACCAGCAGUGAAAAAAGUCAAAUUGUCUGAGAGCUCUGAAAAGCAAAGUUGUCCUGUGGAAUUAUCAGAAAAUGAUAGAAAAAGAGUGGAGCAAAAUAAACUGGCUGCCAAGAUGAAGUUGAUUGGUGGGAAAACAGGAGGUCUGGUCCAAAAUGUUGGCCACUCAUGGUUCACUGCAUUAGAACCUGAAUUUUCUAAAGAAUACUUUAUUAAGCUUGGUACAUUCAUCGCUGAAGAAAGAAAGAAAGGCACAGUUUACCCACCACCAGAACAGGUUUUUUCAUGGACUAGGACAUGUCGUAUUGAUUCAGUAAAAGUAGUCAUCAUAGGUCAAGAUCCUUACCAUGGACCCAGACAAGCUCAUGGUUUGUGCUUCAGUGUUUUACCUGGGGUAAAGCCACCUCCUAGUUUAGAAAACAUGUUCAAGGAACUGGAGUCAAGCAUAGAGGGUUUCAAACGUCCAGGUCAUGGAAAUCUCAUUGGUUGGGCUAAUCAAGGUGUCCUGCUACUCAAUGCAUGUUUGACAGUGAGGGCAUCUCAAGCCAACUCCCACGCUGAUAAAGGUUGGGAAAAGUUUACUGACGCAGUCAUACAGUGGCUGAACCUGAACUUGUCAGGCCUGGUGUUCAUGUUGUGGGGGGCAUAUGCACACAAGAAAGGAGCUUGUAUCAAUACUAAAAAACAUCACAUUCUGAAGAGUGUUCAUCCAUCCCCACUCUCAGCACACAGAGACUUUCUGGGCUGCCGACAUUUUGCUCUGUGUAAUGAAUUGCUGUCAUCAGCAGGAAAAUCUCAAAUUGAUUGGACACACUUACCAGAGAGGGAAGAGGAAAGUUUGAAAUAGGCUGACCUCAUAUGUAUGAUUAAACACAUAUCCCCCAUAUAGAAAUGUUGAAACAGUCUGACCUUUUUAUAUAUGAUUUAACACAUGCCCCACGUAUAGAAAUGUUGAAAUAGUCUGACCUCAUAGUCAGAUGACCUACACACAACUGUCCCUACUCCUGAUGACCUACACACACCUGUCCCCACCCCUGAUGACCUAUGUACACACAACUGUC